AAAAUAUUAUUAUUAACAAGUUAAAAAGCAGUAAGUUCGGUCGUGCCGAACUUUGAAUACCCUCCACCAUUUGAAAUUUGGUAAUUUUCAAAAAAUAAAAAUAGCCGUUAUAUUGGAGUUUAUACGAUGUGUACCUACAUAGGCAUUGCUUGUUAUAAGCCAUUACCAUAUUAUAAACGGGUAUAAUGUAGCAUCUUCAAAAUACCAUAUAUAGAGAGGUACCGUUAUAUCGGAGCUAUACGAAGACCUGGGGGGUUACUAUGUAACUCGAUUCGAUAGUUCGAAUGAGUCGAAAGUUGUAUUCGAUCCGAAUUUAAACUGGUACUAUAUAACAAUUUCGGAUCGACUAAAAAGUGCUGCAACUAAUUGGAUAUCUUUUGGCAGUACUUUCGAGUGUAUUAUUUAAAGUUGGCAGCAUUUAUUUCGUGUAACGUCAAAACAUCACCAAUAAAGGCAAACAAAAAAUAUUUAUUUUUUCGCGCCGCAAAACGGAAAAUGGAUUCGGUUGCUCUUUGGUCUCAAAAUGACGAUGAGCGAUUGGAACGUAAAAUCAUACGCGAUGGUGUAGACUUAAUGGAGUUAACGGAUGCAACGUAAGCAACAAUUAUAUAAAUAUGGUGUAAAUUUCUACAUAUUGCAAUGAGUUAAUAUUUUCAGCUUUGUUAGAAAUUUUCGGCUUAACAAGGAAGCAUUUAAUUACGUGCUGGACAACAUUAGAUCGAAGCUGCCAACAUCCCUGAGGUCUACUAGUGUAACUCCAAUAGUAAAAUUGGACGCUACACUUAAGUUUCUUGGGCAAGGUGGGUACCAACACGGUUUGCUGGAUUGGCACAACAAACUGUGUUAAAGUGUAUAAGAGAAAUGUGCACCGCUAUAGAAAAGGUGUUGUGCCCAAAGCACAUAAAUUUCAUCAUGAGUCAAGAAGAAAGACGUGCGGCAAAAAAUUGCUUCUAUGCCAUGUCUGGAAUUCCAGGGAUAAUAGGAGCUGUUGAUGAUACCCACAUCCAAAUGAUAUGCGAUCACACAAUGCGUAUAAGAGCAGUGAAUGGCUGUUAUGGGGGAGCAUCACACGACUCUCACAUAUGGAACCUAUCAGAUGAGCGCCUAUUUAUGAAGAACGCUUAUGUAAAUGGCGACAAGUCGUCGUGGUUAAUAGGAGACUCUGGGUAUCCAUUGGAACCAUGGAUACUUACAUCGUAUAGGAGCGCCAACGAACAUUCCGCGGAAAGCAGGUUUAACAAGCGGUUUUGUAAGGCAAGGUUCAUAAUUGAGCGUGUGUUCGGCGUAUUGAAGGGGAGAUUUCGUUGCUUGCUCGCAGCACGCGAAUUGCAUUAUGCACCAGUCGCACAAAUAUUGAAUGUCUGUUAUGCAUUACACAAUGUUUGUUUGGAACAUAAUGUGGAACCACCUACAGAUAUAGCAUAUAUUGAAGAAGAAAUGGAAUUGACCUCCAACACAGCUUUAGAUUUAGAAGGAACAAAUCAAUUCUCAGCUGUAGCGCAAGCUUUAAGAGAUCAAAUAAAAAACAAUUUAUAA